UGUGAGUAUAUUGCAACUCAAGCAAGUCAUCUGAAGAUUCAUGUUGAACGUAAACAUGAGGGGGUGAGAUAUCCUUGCCCUAAAUGUGAGUUUAUUGCAACUGCAGCAAGUAUUCUUAAGAUUCAUGUCGAAAAUAAACAUGAAGGAGUGAGAUAUCCAUGCUCUCAAUGUGAGCAUAUCUCUACUGCAGCACAUGAUCUGAAGAGACAUGUGAAAUGUAAACACGACAGAGUGAGAUAUCCUUGUUCUGAAUGCGAUUAUGUCGCAUCUCGAGCAAUUGUCAUUUGAAGAAACAUGUUGAAUGUAAACACGAAUAACCCGGUUUAAACUAAUUCAAUGUUUCUAAAAAUUAAUUCAAUUGAACCAAAAAUGUAUUAUUUUCAACAACAGGAAAUGAUGUUGGUAUUUCAAUGACAUAAAUUGAUUUGGUUUUUUUUCAGAUAAAAUGACAGAAAUGGUGAAAAGGGAAUCCGAUGUCAAGGCUUUAGAGACUACAUCUACUUUAGAGGACACAUUUUUUGUAGAAAUACAAAACGAUGAAAUAAAACUGGAAAAUGUUGAAUUACAAGGCUUAAAUGUAUUGAAUACUGGAAUACAAGAAAAUGUAGAGAAUAAACCUGUAUUUGAUUCUGAUUUCGACACUGAGCUAAUCAAUAAACAUGAAAACGAUGAUAAAGGAGGAAACAUGGAUCAAGGAUUAAAACCAAAGACAAAGAGAACUAAAAGGAGUAAGGUGGGAUAUACUUGUAAUGAAUGUGAUUAUGUUGCAACCAGAGCUUUUAACCUAAAGACUCACGUUGAAAGUACACAUGAAGGAGUGAGAUAUCCUUGCCCCGAAUGUGAUUAUGCUGCGACUAGAGCAAGCCAUCUGAAAAAACAUAUUGGAAUCAAACACCAAGAAAUGAGAUUUCCAUGCUUACAAUGUGAGCAUGCUGCAUCUACUGCAAGUGAUCUAAAAAGACAUGUUGAAAGUAAACAUGUAGGAGUGAGAUAUCCAUGUUCCCAAUGUGAGCAUGCUGCGACUACAGCAAGUGCUCUGAAGGUUCAUGUUAAAAACAAACACGAAGGGCUGAGAUAUAUUUGCGCUCACUGUGAAUAUGCUUCAACUAGAGCAGUACAACUGAAGGAACAUGUUGAUAGUAAACACAAGGGAGUAAUAUAUCCUUGCUCACAAUGUGAGUAUAUUGGGACUACAGCAAGGAGUCUGAAAAGACAUAUUAAGAGUAAGCAUAUGGGAUAGUUUGUAAUUUUUUUUUGAUUAGUUUGGUAAUAACCUCACAAGGUUUAUGGAUGCUCAGAAUUACAUAAAGUUGUC